ACCAGGUGGGUGCAGGAAAUUCAGGUGAUGCGGGCGUUCGGGAUGAUGCGUGUAUGCUGCUGCUCAUAGAUAGAUUUAAAGGUGAUCUGCCCGAAGAGCGCCACAUGAAAGUGGACAAUAAAAAUUUUUAUUUCGAUAUUGGACAAAAUAAUCGCGGGGUUUACAUGCGCAUUAGUGAGGUGAAAAGCAAUUUUCGUACUGCUAUUACUGUGCCAGAAAAAUGUUGGCUACGCUUUCGUGACAUUUUUAAUGACUAUUGCGACAAAAUGAAGAAAUCGUCCGACACAUCGUCUAUCACUGCCGAUAAUAAUAUUCAAAUCCCUGCAAACAGUCUAAAAUAAAAAUGGCGG